AGAGCUGUGUUGCUGGGACUGUGUCACACAGGGAGUCACCGCGAGAGGGAGGGACUUAGCCAGCAGGACAAUGCUGGUGUUUGUGCAACGGCCCCUGAGUGGCGGCUGGCUCUCUCAGUUCGCUCUCGCUUGACUACCAUUGCCUCACGCAUUGUUGAAGUGAAAGGAAAGUGGACAGCUUGAUCCUGUCUGUGGGAUGUACCGGCAGAGGAAGUAGGAGAGCGAUUGGGUUUUGGUGUGAGGUACAACAAAGCAGAAAGGCUGGUCCACACCUACCGUACCAGGGGAGAGAAGAAGGCGGCCCAUUGCAGCCGCAUUAAAAGAAGCAGUGAGCUGCAUUUGUGGCGUGGGUGGGCAGGUUAGGGUUGAGCUUUGGUGACAACUUUGGGCUGUGCGCUGAAGUGUAGGAGGGAAGACGAAGUGGAAAAGGAAGGCGAAGAGGAGGGGUAGGUGGAGGAGGAGGAGUGGGCCUGGAGCCCAAACACAAACAGGAUGGCGGAGAAGAAAGUUAGCAGCCUCCCUGCUAAGCUGAUUAAUGGGGGCGUGGCAGGCCUGGUUGGUGUGACAUGUGUAUUUCCUAUUGACCUGGCCAAGACCCGCCUGCAAAACCAACAGGGCGUCCAAGUCUACAAAGGAAUGCUGGACUGCUUGGCAAAGACGGUGCGCUCAGAGGGCUAUUUUGGAUGCUACAGAGGUGCAGCGGUGAACCUCACUCUUGUUACACCAGAAAAAGCCAUCAAGCUGGCUGCUAAUGACGUCUUCAGACAGAAGCUCUCUAGGGAUGGGCAUUUGCCUCUGUGGGGGGAGGUACUGGCAGGCUGUGGUGCUGGGACCUGUCAGGUGGUGGUCACCACUCCCAUGGAGAUGCUUAAGAUCCAGCUGCAGGAUGCAGGAAGGAUCGCUGCCCAGAGGCCUGUUCCAACUCCAACUCAGGCUGCUGCCCCUGGUUCAGCGCCAUCAUUGAAGCCCCCCCCACCAGCACGACCCAGCCCAAGGCCCUCGGCCCUCGGCAUCACUGCGGAGCUGCUGAAGACUCAGGGACUGGCAGGCCUCUACAGGGGGGCAGGGGCAACCUUAAUGAGGGAUGUCCCCUUCUCAAUGAUCUACUUCCCGCUGUUUGCCAACCUAAACGCGCUGGGCCGGGAAAAAGGGGGUGAUGUGCAGGUCCGGGCGCCAUUCUGGCAGUCCUUUCUGGCAGGCUGCGGCGCAGGCUCAGUGGCAGCUGUGGCUGUAACACCACUGGAUGUCAUAAAGACUCGUCUGCAGACCUUGCAAAAAGGUGAAGGCGAAGACACGUACAGAGGAAUUGUUGACUGCACACGGCGCGUCAUGAUGCGGGAGGGCCCAUCAGCAUUCCUGAAAGGUGCAGCAUGUCGUGCUUUGGUCAUCGCUCCUCUUUUUGGCAUUGCGCAGGGUGUCUACUUUCUUGGGGUAGGGGAGACGGUGCUAGGUUUGGUGGAAUAGCAGUGCUUGGCAUUGGUGGCGGUGGUUGUGUUGUCUCUGCAGCGAAUGAAUGACACAACUGAGUGAAAGGUGAACACAGAAAGAGGGGAAAUACGGCCACAAUCUGCUAACCAAAGGACAAGUAAUGGUCUACACUAUGAAGAGGCUCUAUUUACUAAUAAGUGGACCAAUGGGUUCAUACUAAUCAUAUUUCUCUGGGUUCUUACAUGCUGUCAACAGGGCUCUGUAGGUUAAACAAGGUCCUGUGUAUGUGUGUGACUAAUCUGAGGGUGUGUGUCCCAAAUUGUCCGGGUUAUCCUGGUGUGAUUGCUGCAAUAUGUCUGGGGCUGUUCCUUUCACCUGAUAGAGAUUAUUCCGUCUGGUUGUUAAGAGAACUGCUACAUGUUGUUUAAGGCUGCUAACUAAAAUGCCUACCAAUUUGACCAUUCGUAAAGGUUGCGACGAAGAACUGUGCAUCAUCCUACGCUAGUGAUAAUUAAUUCCCCUUUCAAAAGCUAAGAGCACAUAGCGUUUGAUGUCAGAUUCUGGACUGGCUAUUUUAAUCAUUUAGAUUUCAAUGUGUUUUCUCUGGAAAAGGAUCUUAAUCUCCUUCUACGUAGCCGGUUAUGUGUUUCCUCCCACUCCAUCCGUGAGGUCUGAGUUGUAAUCUUGGAUUCCUUCAGUGGAGUGGGAGGUGCUGGCUGCCAGAAACUCUAAGGUCAUGUGUUAAUCUGAUGGUAAUGUUUUAAUCCCAGCAUUAGCGUACACUAUACCCUAACACUGAGCUCUCUUCCUGCCUAAAGGCCACAGGUUAGACUGCUGGGCCACUGUCUCAUAGCCUUCAGCAGUUUGGAAGUGGGGUUGCGACGGUUUCAUGGUUAUCUUACCAUGUACAUUUGCUUAGCUACAAUAUAAAAAAGAAACUGACAUAAACGAGUAUGCGUGUGAGUUAGAGGUAUAGACAGGAGCAGCCUGGCUGUGCUGUCACAAACAUACAUUAUUAAUUGUUAAUAAUAAUAAGACAUAUUUUAAAAGCUCACAGCUGAUGUUAUUUUUCAUUUAUUAGUUAAUUGAACAUGCUAUAGUGCUGCUAACAUGUACAUUUACAUGCUUAAGUUAUAAAAUAUUGUUACAUGCUUCCCCCAUCAGGUUUAUAAUGUUGCUCUAAAGGGUGAUUGUAACUGAUAAUAAUAAUUGUGUUACAUUAAAUACUAUUUCCUGAAACGGUUAUCGUACCGUGAAAAUCUCAUACCGUUGCAACCCUACCAAGUUUAAAUAAAACCUCUGAGAAGCUUAGAGCUAAUUUUACUGCUUAGUUACACAUAACAAUACAUAGCUACAAAGUAUUUGUGCACAAUAACAAUAACAAAUGCAAUUAAAGCCUUAUCAUUGCUGAGCUUCUAAAGCAUCAAAACAUAAGUCUUAAAUUAAUUCAGUGGAAUCGGUGAUGUUGAAACAUUGAUUUGGUACUCGAGUCCAACUUAGCGAGGACAAUUCUAUUUGUUACACCCAUGGAGGGAGUAUGGCACCUCGUCUUGCCAACUGUUUGCUAUUAUUUAAAUCCACUGGGUGGCACUAAAAGCUUUUUUUUUUUUUUUUUUACAUUUUUAAUGCAAGAAACACUUUGAUAUGGCUCGUUUACCUAGGCUACUACAUUUUCCUCACUGUAGAGUGAACACAGCCCGAGUAAACGGUUUGUUUACAAGCUGUAAAUAAAGAUAUCUCAUACAUGCGGA